AGUGUGUACGUACCCGAGGAAGCAGUGGGGCUCGGGGGCGGAAAGAAGGGGAGUAGGCAAUUAAAUGCAAUUCAACAAUCAUACUCUCUUCUUUUUUUUUAAAUCUUGGUUUCGGCCUUUAUUCACAUUCAUUGCAUUACCACCACCAACCACUACUACUAGUAGUACUACUACUACUAUGACGACGAUGCCGACGAGUACUCAUAUCUUGAUAUUUAGGAGACAUUUAUUGCUUUUUCUUCUUCUUCUUGUUCUUCCCUCCUUGUUUUAUUUCUUAACGAUUGUAUCAUCCUUCUAUACAUUAUUUACAUUACAUUUAUAUAUAUGCAUAUAUACAUAUAUAUAUAUACACUCACUCACUGUAUAUGUAAUCAUUGAUUGACGGGAAUGGUGACGUCUUUCCCUCCUUAUUUCUUUCCCUUUUUGUGUCAAUUUUGAAAUAACAAUAAUAAUGUGCAAAAAAGAAAAACCUUUACCGCUCCAUUCUGUCAAUCAAUCAGUCAAUCACUCACCUACUCACUUUUUUAUACAUAUACAUGUAAAACUCU